AUGGGCAGUGCAUCAUCGAGAGGUCGUGGUAAACGUGAUGGGGAUUGGCUUUUACAAACAUUAGACGAGCAUGAAAGUGCCGUCAAUUGUAUGACACUAAGCAGUGAUGAAAGUGUCCUAGCUACGGGCUCUGACGAUCAUAAUAUUCGUUUAUGGAGUGCUAAAACAACGCCGGUCGAAUGUCUUAGUGUAUUAACUGGUCAUACUGAUUAUAUCACAGCUAUUCUUAUUGAUGAAAAUUAUUUAGUUAGUGCCAGUGCGGAUCGUACGAUGAGAAAAUGGGACCUGACAGAUGGACAAUGCGUAUUUAUCUAUUCGGGUCAUACAUCAUUGAUAAAUCGAAUUGUUUGUACUGGAGAUUUUCUCUUUUCAACAUCAUAUGAUCGUACGGCUCGAUGUUGGGAUUUCGAUACAGGCGCUUGUGUACGUGUAUUUCGUGGUCAUAAACAUGGAAUAUUACCAAUAUUAUUUAUUCCGGCAGAACAUAGUGGUGGUGGUGGCGGAGAUGAAGAUUUAGAUCAAGACACGAAUAUUUAUGCAAAAGAUUUAAUUGUAACUGGCUCACAAGAUAAAACAGCUAAAGCAUGGUCGUUUGAAACGGGCGAAUGUUUGAAAACCUUUCGGGGUCAUACAGGAGCAGUACUUUGUUUGGCCACCGAUCGAGUCGGUAAAAUUUUAUUUACAGGAUCCGGUGAUAAUACAAUUCGAGCAUGGGAUAUUUAUCGUGGAACAGAAUUACAUGUUUAUGAACAACAUCAAGCAGCAAUAAUUAGUCUUCUUUGCAUCAAUAAAUUACUUUUUUCUAUCAGUUCCGAUCAUACAGCACGUUGUUGGGUUGUGGAUGUUGGUGAUUGUACAAGAAUUUACAAAGGACAUAAACAUACUGUUUCCUGUAUACAAGUUCAUAAUGGUCAUCUUUUUACUGGUUGUGGUGAUUCAAUACUACGUUGUUUUGAUGCUCGUUCCGGUGUUAUAAAACGUAUUUUCAAAUCCCAUACACUCUCUGUGAAUUGUUUACAGAUUGUUGAUAAUAGAUUAUUCAGUGGUUCCGUUGACGGUACAUUAAAAGUUUGGGAUAUCGAUGAUCUGAAUCCAGAGACUAUUCCAAAUUCGAAGUCAUCAGUUAGCAAUUCUGGAGUAACCAAAGGUAACCAAAUAAGUGUAGAAAAUCGAUCGGAUGUUGACUCUGGUAUUGAUGAUCGCGACUAUCGUGACCGACACGGACAAAAUAUGGUUUAA